AUGGGCCUGCCCGCGCGAUUCCAGGUCCCACCUGCUACGGCCGUGGAGGCUGCGGCACCACUGCGGGCUCCGGGGGCGGCACUGACCCGGCUCAGGCCGUGGCCCCGGGCAGCGCCCCAGGCACCUCCCGGGACUCGCCGCUCGCUCGCCGGAUUGACACUCCUCCAGCUCCCUCAAAAUACCCUGCCCCUGGUGUUUGACUCCCUUUCGGAUUUGUGGUACCGGGAAUUCGUGUUGUUAAUAACAGUACUUGUAGUGGAAGGGAUUGCUGUGGCCCAAAAGACCCAAGAUGGACAAAAUAUUGGAAUCAAGCACAUUCCUGUAACACAGUGUGGCAUUUGGGUUCGAACCAGCAAUGGAGGUCAUUUUGCGUCCCCAAAUUAUCCUGACUCAUAUCCACCAAACAAGGAAUGUAUCUACAUUUUGGAAGCUGCUCCACGGCAAAGAAUAGAGUUGACCUUUGAUGAACAUUAUUAUAUAGAACCAUCAUUUGAGUGUCGGUUUGAUCACUUGGAAGUUCGAGAUGGGCCAUUUGGUUUCUCUCCACUUAUAGCUCGUUACUGUGGUGUGAAAAGCCCUCCAUUAAUUAGAUCAACAGGGAGAUUCAUGUGGAUUAAGUUUAGUUCUGAUGAAGAACUAGAAGGACUGGGAUUUCGAGCAAAAUAUUCAUUUAUUCCAGAUCCAGACUUUACUUACCUAGGAGAUUGCCAGUUUGAGCUCUCAGGAGCUGAUGGAAUAGUGCGUUCUAGUCAGGUAGAACAAGAAGAAAAAACAAAGCCUGGCCAAGCAGUUGAUUGCAUAUGGACAAUUAAAGCUACUCCAAAAGCUAAGAUUUAUUUGAGGUUCCUAGAUUAUCAAAUGGAGCACUCAAAUGAAUGCAAAAGAAACUUCGUUGCAGUCUAUGAUGGAAGCAGUUCUAUUGAAAAUCUGAAAGCCAAGUUUUGUAGCACCGUGGCCAAUGAUGUAAUGCUUAAAACAGGAGUUGGAGUAAUACGGAUGUGGGCAGAUGAAGGUAGUCGGCUUAGCAGGUUUAGAAUGCUCUUUACGUCCUUUGUAGAACCCCCCUGCACAGGCAGCACUUUCUUUUGCCAUAGCAACAUGUGCAUCAAUAAUUCUUUAGUCUGCAAUGGUGUUCAAAACUGUGCAUACCCUUGGGAUGAAAAUCAUUGUAAAGAGAAAAAAAAAGCAGGGCUAUUUGAACAAAUCACUAAAACUCAUGGAACAAUUAUUGGCAUUACAUCAGGGAUUGUCUUGGUCCUUCUCAUUAUUUCUAUUUUAGUACAAGUGAAACAGCCUCGAAAAAAGGUCAUGGCUUGCAAAACUGCUUUUAAUAAAACUGGAUUCCAAGAAGUAUUUGAUCCUCCUCAUUAUGAACUGUUUUCACUAAGGGAUAAAGAGAUAUCUGCAGACCUUGCUGACUUGUCUGAGGAACUGGAUAGCUACCAGAAGAUGCGGCGCUCCUCCACUGCCUCACGGUGCAUUCAUGACCAUCACUGUGGGUCACAAGCGUCCAGUGUCAAACAAAGCAGGACCAACCUCAGUUCCAUGGAACUUCCUUUCCGAAAUGAUUUUGCACAACCACAGCCAAUGAAAACAUUUAAUAGCACCUUCAAAAAAAGUAGCUACACUUUUAAACAGGCACAUGAGUGCCCUGAACAGGCCCUAGAGGACAGAGUAAUGGAGGAGAUUCCCUGUGAAAUUUAUGUCAGGGGACGAGAAGAUUCUGCACAAGCUUCCAUAUCCAUCGAUUUUUAAUCUUCUGCUAAAGGUGACUUUGAUGAUUAAAUGUGUAUGUAUGCAGCCUACAGAGCACUCAUCCUGUUUUCAGCAUUUAACCCUUUUCGCCUGUCAAAAAUAGGAAGAUGCUCAUUUGCCAUUAACCUGUUGUAAUGAUGGAGUUUUUAUUAUCUCAGGCAGUCUAUUGAUGUUAAUCAACCAAGGAACUUCCUCCAUGCAGUGAAAAAAACAAACAUCUAUCUGUAACUAUUGCUUGGUGUUGUAUAAACAAAUCACCGAUUAAAAUGCAUUUGAGGAUGAGAGUGGUGGUUUUGAGCCAAGCUCUCAGACUGCCAAUUAAUUUUAGCAACAGGAAUACUGCUCUUGAUUGAUACAGUUCUAUCAAUGUUUUGAUCCACAAUAAACUUAAAGAUUUUCUUUA